UAUUGCGUAAGCCACUCUCUCUACCAGUCUGCUACCCCAUAGGACAUCCAUAUAGAAGAUGUCAGAGCCAGAAUUAUUAACAGAGGUCCCUGCUUCGCUGAAGCGCCUGGCCAAGCAGGUAGUGCGGGGCUUCUACGGGGUGGAGCAUGCCCUGGCUCUGGAUGUUCUUAUCCGCAACCCCUGCGUCCGCGAGGAGGACAUGCUGGAGCUGCUCAAGUUUGACCGAAAGCAGCUGCGCUCGGUGCUCAAUACGCUCAAGGGCGACAAGUUCGUCAAGUGCCGCAUGCGGGUGGAGACGGCUCCCGACGGCAAGACCACGCGUCACAACUACUACUUCAUCAACUACCGCCUGCUGGUCAAUGUGGUCAAGUACAAGCUGGAUCACAUGCGGCGGCGCAUCGAGACGGAUGAAAGGGACUCCACCAACCGGGCGUCGUUCCGCUGCCCCUGCUGCUUCAGCACCUUCACUGACCUGGAGGCCAAUCAGCUGUUUGACCCCAUGACAGGGACGUUUCGCUGUACGUUCUGUCAGACGGAGGUAGAGGAGGACGAGUCUGCGGUGCCCAAGAAGGAUGCCAGGACCCUAGUGGCCCGUUUCAACGAACAAAUCGAGCCCAUAUACGUGCUGCUGCGUGAGACCGAGGACGUCCACCUAUCAAACGACCUGCUGGAGCCCGAACCUGCCGAGAUCCCCGCCCUCAAACAGAGCCGGGACCGUGCGGCGGCGGCAGCGGGUGCAGCUGCCGGCGGUCCCCACCGCGAGGCCUGGUCCACCAAGGGCUCGUCCUACGCCGACCUGUACACCCAGAACGUGGAGAUCAGCAUGGGGGAGCAGGAGGAGCAGCAGCAGCGCCGGCAGGCCAGCGAGGGGAAGGCACCCAGGGAGAGACCCGUGUGGCUGACGGAGAGCACUGUGCAUGGAGGAACGUACAGCGAGCCAGACCCACUCAAGAACUCCGGAGACGACGCGGGAGGAGCCCAGGUGGUCGGGCUCGGCGGCGGCCAAUCGGACGAGAACGAGGAAGUGAUGCGCGCCCUGCUCAUCCAUGAGAAGAGGAGCGGUGCCGGGCCGGCAGGAGGCGGAGCCGUAGCGACAGGAGGCGGAGCCAUAGCGGCAGCCAGGGGCAGCGACUCGGAGAGCGACACCAGCGAAUCAGACGAGGACUCUCCCACGGCUCCGCCGCCUGUGGCAGCGGCCCAGCGGCGGCCGACGGGCAUGGAGAUGGAGGAGGAGGAAGAGGAUGAUGACGAGUUUGAGGAGGUGGGGGCCGAUGAGUCCAUGGUGAUGGUGGGGGGGCGGUCGUUCUCCUAUCGGGAGGUGAGCCAGAGGCCAGAGCUAGUGGAGAAGAUGAGCUCUCAGGAGAAAGAGGCCUACAUCGAGAUGGGACAGAACAUCUUCCAGGAGAUGUACUUCUGACUGAAAACACACAGACACUCAUGUACACAGCCUCUCUCUCUCUCUCUCUCUCUCUCUCUCUCUCUCUCUCUCUCUCUCUCUCUCUCUCUCUCUCUCUCUCUCUCUCUCUCUCUCUCUCUCUCUCUCUCGCUCUCUGUCGUGUCUCCUUCACCCUCUCGUCUUCUCCCCUCGAAGAGGGAAAACAAGAUGUCACUCUAGUUCCAAUUCUGUUCUAGAGACCAGACUGCCUAUUGCCAUGACAGGUGUAUUAGCGGUGUGUUCGUCUGGCAAGUCAGUCAGACUCGGCUCCACCAGUCAGUGUUUCCUCCCAGUAUUACAGAAGCUGAAUGUUACAGCACACUCCUCUAGUGUUGCUCUGUAACCACAGCAUGAUGCCUAGUGAAGACACACACACUGCCUCCCCUCUCAUCCUGUCUCUACCUCCUGUACCCAUUACUAAACAGGAACAGAGUUGAAGAUCUGGGAACCUGUCCAGGAAAACAAGUCACACGCACACACAGUUGCCAACCAGUUCAUUAGACCACAGUAGACCACGCCGCUCCUCUUCUCUCCCAGUGCUCCUCCAACCUUAUGGCUCUCGGUCUCCACACUCUGUGAAUUCUUUACUGUUCUCAGGGCGAGCUGUUUAUUAUUCAUUUCUCUUCUCCUCGCCCCUCUCUCUCGUUUUCCGUCUACCCACACACCCUCUUUAUUUUCAUCCGAUUGAGAUGCUUUUUUGGGGGGGGGGGCUCCCUCCACAGGGAAAGAGACAACUCUGGAGCGAAUAAUACUGGCUUUGAUGUUACCGCGGUAACCCCCGGGAUGGGGUGACCUGCUCAAACGCGGAGGCACCUCCCAUAGCGAGGCCUUUAGCGGUGGCGUGGGGAUGACAUUUGCAGAGCAUGUGGCUUUUUCCCUCCAAAAUGUGACCGUAUAUGACAGUGUCUCUGUCGCUGUGUGAGACACAGUACCACUCCAACCUUCAACUCUCUGCUUCUGAUGAAUUUUUCACUGUUUUAUUUUUUAACAGAGCAGUAUUUACCUGUUAGGGAAGAACUACCAUAUACUGUGUAAAGAGAUUGAGAAGAAAACAAUGGUAAUUCAAUGUUUUCUUUUAAAGAGAGGGUAUCCUUAUUGAAUUCUAUGCUGGCAAAGGGGCCAAGACUGUCUAAUUUUCAUUUUUUGGCUAAACAUGAACAUGGACUAUGUUAAAUUUCUCUUUGCUUUUCUUUACUAUGGUUUUGACCUUUGCCCUUUUGAGAUGUACCACCUCCCCACCACUAGGCUCCGCCACAUCUUUAGUUGAGCCUGUCAAUGAAGAGCCACUUGCCUAACGUUUUAAGUUCAUUGAUUUGUAAAGGUACAACAUUAAAGCAGAUUAUACUUUUGAGGAUUACA